CUAACAGUAGUGUCGCUGAGUUAGUCUGAGUCGUGACGGUCUGGGUUGCAGUUGAAUGUUCGUGUGCAUAUCGGAGAUUUGAGUGAGAGUUGCUUGGUGAUGUUCUAAGUCCUACCAACGAAGACUGAGUUUACCGAACGAUAAACUUUCGGUUUUUUCGUCAUUUAAAUUGUUAUAAUGCGGGUAGAAAUCCAUUCUGCGGCAAAUUUCCUGGUCCAUCUGCUGAGGCUGAAUCAUAAUGGUCUCAGCGAAACUCAGCUGGAGAUGUUCAAAGCAUCGCUUACUGAAGUUCUGCGUAUGCGAUACAAGGAGCAUUGGUUCCCCGAAAAACCAUCUCGUGGAUCUGGUUACCGAUGCAUACGUAUCAACGGCAAGAUGGACCCAGUGGUAGCGCAAGCUGGGAAAGCUGUCGGACUGCCGCCUGCGUACCUGCACAGUCUGUUUCCUUCGGAGUUAACGAUGUGGAUAGAUCCAGCUGAAGUGUCCUAUAGGAUCGGAGAGAACGGCUCCAUCUGUGUUCUGUACGAAGAGACAGCACCAACGACGUCGGAGGAAUUCGCACUGGAAAGGCCCCUGGCGAAGUGCGAUGUUCCUGCGUGCAGUACGGGCAGCGGCAACAAUGGUGGCGGUAGCGGCAGCAGCGCGUCCUGCAAGGAGAGCUUGAUGUUCCUAGACCCACGGGGAGUGCAGCAUCUGGCGGCGUACGUCUCCAGCUGAACAUCACGGCCAGCAUCGUAUGAUUUCCCGGUCGCAAAUUUGCCAAACUACAUGAACAAUUGUGAUCUCAGUGUUUCCUUAUGUCUUGAUUUGCUCGUGUUUAUUUGUCUAUUACCCAAAUUCUGUCUUUCAGAGCGAGUCUUCAGGGACCAAAUUUGUGCAAGGAUGGCCCGAUCCUAUCGAAGCGGCCAGUCGUGUUUUUUUGUCUACGUCAUUUUCAAAGGAAAAGAACGAGCUUGAACGUUGUUAGAUGAAUGCAUAGAGAGAGAGAUUUCCAAAGUCUGUUAAUUUAUGCUUUACUAAAUGUACAAACAUGUGAGGAAUCUGUGAUGUAUCUGAAGAAACAGGGCUGACUGUUUCAUGCAGGGUAGGGCAAAUCUAGUUUCACUGCCGCGAGCCCUUUUACUGUUUACUAUAGACUGAAAUUUAAUUCAAAUGCGUUAAAGGUACAAAGCUGGUAACAGCAUUCUGUGAUUUUUUUCGGUUGCAGUAUUCGUUAAAAAGUGAAGCUAGCUUCUCUUUUCUCGUUAGCUUCUACUUUCUCGCUCACGAGUAGUUAUAUGCAAGAUAGUAUUUAAACUAUGUCGGUGCAUGAUUGUAAAAUAUUUUGCUUGUACAUAUAUUUUAAUGUUUUCAUACUUACGUUCAUUCUAUUUUCAUGCCAUUUUUCAGACAGAAUGUAUGUGUUUCUCAGAGGCAAGAUGACUUGUGAUUGUAAAAAGUUCAAAGUUUUGUUACUGGAACUGUUUUGUACAGGAGAAUAAAGCGUUUACCGCAAUAAAUAUUCGAAUCAUAAA